AUGUCGAGCAUAGCUUCCACUUCAUUGCGGCAGGCCUCGCGCCUAUGCAAGAAGCAAUCAGCUUUAACAUCUGGGCUCUUGAGGGGUUCAGCUGGCAUUUCUUCGCACAAGAAUCUCAGGCAUGUGUCGACAACCUCGAAAGACAGUGCCCAAGUCAGCGUCAACACUGCUAUUCGAGCAGAUCAGAAGGCUUUCUUUGCAGAGACAGGAAAGCUUCCAGAAAACCAGAUUGUUCCAGGCACGGCAGUAAACGCAGAUGCAAUGAUGAGUCCCAUAGCAGGUAUCCUGAAGCAAGCUACGGUUAUGGAUGAAGGCCAACGACCCAUAUACCUUGAUAUGCAAGCUACCACACCUCUGGAUCCUCGUGUACUUGAUGCAAUGCUUCCGUUCUACGCCGGACUUUAUGGAAACCCCCACUCGAGAACGCACGCUUAUGGAUGGGAAACCGACAAAGCCGUUGAACAGGCUCGAGAGCAUGUAGCAAAUCUUAUUGGCGCCGACCCAAAGGAAAUCAUCUUUACCAGUGGCGCCACCGAGAGCAAUAAUAUGAGCAUCAAAGGUGUUGCACGAUUCUUUGGCAGAGGUGGAAAGAAGAAGAAGCACAUCAUCACAUCUCAGACUGAACACAAAUGUGUUUUGGACAGUUGCCGUCAUUUGGAGACUGAAGGAUUUGAUGUUACCUACCUUCCAGUGGCAUCCAGUGGUCUGAUUGAUCUUGCGGAGCUUGAGAAGGCCAUCCGACCAGAUACCGCGAUUGUCAGCAUCAUGUCGGUCAACAACGAGAUCGGUGUGAUUCAACCGUUAGAAGAAAUAGGAAAGCUCUGCAGAGCGAACAAGGUCUUCUUCCACACCGACGGCGCUCAAGCAGUCGGCAAGAUCCCGAUGGAUGUCAACAAGAUGAACAUUGACCUAAUGUCCAUAUCUUCGCACAAAAUUUACGGACCUAAGGGAAUGGGUGCAUGCUAUGUCCGAAGACGGCCUCGUGUAAGGAUCGAUCCGAUCAUUAGUGGAGGUGGUCAAGAGAGAGGUUUACGAAGUGGCACAUUGGCUCCUGCCUUAGUCGUGGGAUUUGGAGAGGCUUGCCGUAUUGCGAAGGAGGAGAUGUCUUAUGACUCUAAACGAGUAAAGAUGCUCUCGGACAAGUUGCUUAAAGGCCUACUGUCACUCGAGCACACUUCCCAAAACGGCGAUCCAGAGCGGUUCUAUCCUGGCUGCGUCAACGUAUCCUUCUCCUACGUCGAGGGCGAGUCUCUUCUGAUGGCUCUGAAGGAUAUUGCUCUCUCAUCGGGCAGUGCUUGCACUUCAGCAUCCUUGGAACCUAGCUAUGUUUUACGUGCACUGGGCAGCAGUGACGAGAAUGCACACAGCAGUAUCAGAUUUGGUAUUGGACGAUUUACGACCGAGAGUGAGAUUGAUUACGUGUUGAAGGCGGUCAAGGAGCGGGUGACUUUCUUGAGAGAGCUGAGCCCGCUUUGGGAGCUUGUACAAGAUGGCAUUCCGCUGGAUAGCAUUGAGUGGAGCCAACAUUAA